AAAACUCACAAAUGUAAUACCUCCAUUGGAGUAUACAGAAUUAGAGAUAGUAACAAAACAUAAGGCAGAGAAGAAUGAUUAGCUUAACCGAAAGACUUCUAAUGGAGAAAGCAAUUUUACUUCUUGUUUUAUUUGUUUCACUGCACAUUCAGAAAACCUACACCGCUGAAAUUGCCAUGAUUUCAGAUUCAAGCUUCUUGACAGAAGCAGACACGUUGGUCUCACCUGCCGGAAUUUUUGAACUUGGGUUUUUCAGGCCAGAAAGCUCUAAUAACAAAUAUGUUGGUAUAUGGUACAAGAAAAUAUCUGUUCAAACGGUGGUUUGGGUUGCCAACAGAGACAUCCCAGUCAUGGCUGCAUCAUCCGGCACACUGAGGAUCGUCUCUCCAGGAAAUCUCGUCCUCAUGAAAGGGAACGACACAAAUGAUGUAAUCUGGUCAACCAAUACAACCUCAUCAGGUAACGUAAUUGUACAACUUGAAGACAAUGGAAAUCUAGUUGUCAAAGAAAGAAUAGAAGAGAAGAUUCUAUGGCAGAGUUUUGAUUAUCCAACUGAUACUCUUCUACCUGGCAUGAAAGUAGGGAGAAAUUUCUUAACGGGUAAGGAAUGGAUACUAUCGCCAUGGAAGAGUAAUCAAGAUCCAGCUCCAGGUGAAUUCACAUGGAGCGCUGACACAAGCGGCUAUCCUCAGAUCGUACUAAAACAAGGCACAACAGUCAAGUUCCGAGGUGGACCAUGGAAUGAUGUUUGGUUUAGCGGGGAUUCUGCGUCCACCAGGAACAUCAUUACAGGAGAUAUGGUUAUUAAUGAAACAGAGACGUAUUACAGUUAUUCUCUUCUCAAUAGCUCUGUUAUCUCAAGGCUCGUCUUGAAUUCAUCUGGGCAGCUAGAACGUUGGGUGUGGGUGGAUGAUGGUGAAAAAUGGCAGAUUUUCUAUCAGUUACAAAGAGAUUUCUGUGAUGGGUACAACAUCUGUUAUGGUUAUGGAACCUGCAGUGUUCUAACCUCACAAAGAUGUUCUUGUUUAGAUGAGAUAAGAUUCGUGCCAAGAAACCAGAAUGGAUGGGAGACAGCAGAUUGGUCGGGUGGUUGUGUGAGACAAACACCAUUGGAUUGCAAAAAUGGAACCGAUGGGUUUAUCAGGUACUCUAAUGUGAAGUUGCCUGAUACAGAGUCUUCAUGGUUUAAUAUAAGCAUGAGUCUGAAUGAAUGUAGAGAAAAAUGCUUCAAUAAUUGUACUUGUAUGGCGUAUGCAAAUAUAGACAUUAGACAGGGAGGAAGUGGGUGCUUGCUUUGGUUCGGUGAACUUUUGGACAUGAGAGAGAUACCUGAUGGCAAUGGUGGUCAGGAUAUCUUUGUAAGAAUGGCUUCCUCAGAAAUAGAAAUAGCUCAACCAGUUUCAGAGAAUAAGGAGAGAGCAAACCUUAAAAUCAUCUUACCAGUAGUUUUUCUUGGGGUUCUUCUGAUAGGCUUGGGCUCUACAUGGUUCCUUUUUGCAUGUAGAAAAAGGCGUGAUUCACAAUCAAUGAGGCAAGGUAAGAAAAAUACAAAACUAUAA